AUGCAGCAGUUCUAUUCUCUUGGCCGUUGCAUCCUAGGAAUAGAGAUGCGAGUUACAAUCCCUAAGGCUGGCGAUGAAAGUGUCCAGGCCUCAGCAAACGAACUUAGCUUUCUUGAAGUUCGUGGACCUAUCGUAUUCAAGGGCUAUUUCAACAAUCAGUCCGCCACAACAGCUUCCUUUGCCCCAGAUGGCUGGUUCAGAACAGGAGAUCACGCCACGAUCGAUCGAGCCGGAAUGCUCCAUCUGGUAGGGGGAACAAACGAUACCAUGAACAUCGAUGGUGUCAAGAAUCUCCCGAACGAGCUAGAGGCUGCCAUCGAAGAGUUUGGAAUUGAGGGCGUGACACCGAGUUACACGGUAUGCUUUUCCUUCCGUCUACUUGAUGCAGAAUCAGAGCAAAUUGAAGUUGUGCACUUGCCUUCCUUUGGACCUCAAGAUAUAGAUGCUCGAAUUGCAGCUCGGGACGCCAAUUUUCAAGUCACAAUGUUGCAAACUGGCUCUCGACCUUCUGAUAAGAACUCAAGUUUUGCUAGUGUAGUCACUCCCGCCAGAAAUUUGUCAAGCUACGUACCAGAACUUAAUUGGUUUAUUAGGCCUGCAACAGAACCUUAUCAAACCCCAUAA